ACACUGUAUAUAUAUAUGUAUCCAAACCAGAAGAGAGCCCGAACCGAACAGAUUCCAUGGCGAAAACAACUAAUAUAGCAGUAGUUUCAAUCCCUGCGUUUAGCCACCAAGCCUCCAUUGUAGGGUUCUGCAAGAGGCUCGUUCAUCUCCAUGACCACUUCCACGUGACCUGCAUCUUCCCCACCAUAGAUGCUCCGAUCCCCGCCACACUCUCCAUGCUUGAAUCACUUCCUUCCAAUAUCGACUACACCUUCCUUCCUCCUGUGCAGAAACAAGACCUACCCCAAAACGCUUCCUCGUUGGUGCUAGUCCAAACCGCAGUAUCUUACUCCAUGCCAUCUUUCCGCGACUUGUUAAGGUCACUCGUAUCAACCACGUCAUUUGAUGCUUUAGUCGCUGAUCCUUUCACGAACGAAGCGGUAGAGAUAGCGAAGGGGGAGUUCAACCUCUUGUCUUACAUAUACUUCCCUAUCUCUGCCAUGACGAUGUCACUAUUGUUGCAUUUGCCAAAACUGCACCAACAAGUUUUAUGUGAAUACAAGGAUCACAAUGAGGCUAUUCAAAUUCCUGGUUGCUUGCCUCUUCAGGGCCAUGACCUCCCCAGCGAUUUUCAAGAUCGAUCUUGUGUUGAUUAUGAGUUAAUUCUUCAACGGUGCAAGAGGUUACCACUCGCUGAUGGCUUCUUGGUAAACAGCUUCUAUGAGAUGGAGAAAGGUACACUGGAAGCCUUGCAGGAACAUUGCAAAGGGAGCAACAACAAUAACUCUUGUGUGUAUCUGGUGGGACCAAUCAUACAAACCGAGCAAAGUAGUGAAUCAAAGGGGUCAGAGUGUGUGAGGUGGUUGGAGAAGCAGAGGCCAAAUUCGGUUUUGUAUGUGUCGUUUGGAAGUGGAUGUACUCUGUCUCAACAACAGCUCAAUGAGUUAGCUUUUGGGUUGGAGUUGAGUGGUCAGAAUUUUUUGUGGGUUUUGAAAGCACCUAAUGAUUCAGCAGAUGGUGCUUAUGUUGUUGCUUCUAAUGAUGACCCUUUAAAGUUUUUACCAAAUGGGUUCUUAGAGAGAACCAAAGGACAUGGUUAUGUUGUUACUUCUUGGGCACCACAGACCCAAAUUCUUGGACACACUUCAACCGGUGGGUUUCUCACCCAUUGUGGUUGGAAUUCUGCACUUGAGAGCAUUGUGUUGGGAGUGCCUAUGGUGGCUUGGCCACUGUUUGCUGAACAGGGAAUGAAUGUGGUUUUGUUAAAUGAGGGCCUCAAAGUGGCGUUGAGGCCCAAAAUUAAUGAGAAUGGGGUAGUGGAGAGGGAAGAAAUUGCUAAGGUGAUAAAAGGUGUAAUGGUGGGUGAGGAAGGAAAUGAGAUUCGUGGAAGAAUUGAAAAGCUCAAAGAUGCAGCUGCUGAUGCGUUAAAAGAAGAUGGAUCCUCCAGAAUGGCACUUUACCAAUUUGGCACUCAGAUGGAGAAUGUUGGAAAAUGCCUUAGUUAUUCACUUAUGGAGGUUACUAAAUAAUUAGGUGAUAUUAUAGUGAUGCUUUCGGUUAUUUGAUGCUUUUAAGAGCACUGGCCUGUGGUGUUUUUUUCCCUCUAAUUGUCAGUUAUGGUUUAGCUCUGUAUAAUGAGCAAUAUCAUUUCUUUAAUCAGGGUUUUUGCUGAAAUAAAAUACAUUAAGUGUUUUUCUGCUUUUUCAUAUUUUUUCUUAGUUUGUUUUUGCUGUAUCCUUUCAUGAGAGAAAGGACGGUAUUA